UUUUUACGGCCGCAGCCGGGGAGAGAGGAUCGAGGAGUUCCUUCCUUCUAGGAGAAUGGAAUGGAAACCCAAAAUAUUUAUUUAUUUAUUUAUUUUUUACAAAAACUUAAGAAACCGGAAUUCAAACUGAAACAGUCUCCAUUAAGCUGGAAUUCUGAAAAAGGAUGUUAUUCGCCGGUGAUUGAAGCUCCAUCCAUGUUCUGAGCUACAGCUACCUACAAAAAAUGUUCCUCCACUUACAGCAAAAUCCACAUUCAGAUGACAGCAUUUCCGAUGACGACGACAAUCGACAUGAUCUCCCUAACGAUGUGCUUUCAUUUCAACACAACUCCACCAACAAGCAACAUGAACUACCUCUUCCCGCACGGUUAGAUUUGUUAAAAGGAAGAUUCUGUAAUCAGAAUUCGUCUUCUUCAUUUCAGAAAUUGCUCCAAGAUGAGGAGGUUGAAAUGCCCGACUUCAAUGAGGGUGACUUCCGGGAUGUAUCAGGAGAGGUGGUUGCUGAUUCAGAUUCAGGUGAAGAAGAUACUGUUUCUGAAGAUGAUGAGGGUAGCACUGUCCUCUCGACCAGACGCCUCCAUAAAUAUGGUCCUCAGUUUAUAAGAAAUGAUAAUGAAGUUAGAGAUACAAAGAGGAAAUCAGAACCAUUGCUAUGUUUUAAAGAAAGCGCUUCAUGUUCGUCAUACCAUGCUACCUACUCCAAAGCAAAUUCAUCUGGCAUCUGGAGCAAAGCUAAGCCAAGAUUUUCAUUGCAAUCAGUGACACAUAAAUAUGGGCACAUUGGCUCUUCUAUCUCUAAUAUUGAUAGGCUGCCUGAAAUUAUGAAAGCUGUUGAUCCUAGGGCUUCUGCAAGUUUAGCUGAAAAUCAUCUUGAAGAUGAUGACAUAGUGGAAUUAGAUUUAGACACUGAGCCUUCUGAAACCGAAGCUCUUCCACAUGAAUUUAAUCUUCCCCUAAUGGCUGAUAUUUUUGACAACCUCCAAGAUAAAACUGAUCUGGUGGGUGGAAAUUCUAGAAAUGCUACCCUUAUUCUUUUGACAUGUUUCCAGUAUCCACAUGAAAAUCAAAGAAAAGUAAAACCAGUGCGGCUUUUUCAGAAGAAUAGUAGAUCCCACUUGCCAGAGACAGUUGUUGACAGUGAAGACUCCCCUGAACCUGUGGAUAGCGGAUCAUCAAGUGACAAUGAGGAAAGCUAUCAACACAUGAAAAUCACUUUCCCAGGAAAGAAAAUGCAGACCAUGGCAGAUAGAUUUCAUGAGGCUUUAGGGUCUUCCUCUGUUAUCGCUGAAAAUGUUGGAGCACUUAAUUCAUUGAGAACUGGAAUAUUUGAAAAACUACAGCAGGUGAUGCAGAAAGAAAAAGAAACAGACAUAGACUUCUCAAAAAAGUUACAAGCUGGAGCUAGGCCAGAUGGUGAAUUUGGCUGUGUUGAUGUAAACAUCAUUUCAAGAUACCUGGAUGGAAAGCUGAUUGUUUGUCAUUGCUCAGUUAGCAAGUCUACCCAGAAUUUUCUCUUACAAGCUAAAGAAAUGGGAUUUGAUGGCAGCAAAGGUGGUCAAAGAACCAUUAUCUUCAAUCCAAGAGUUUGCGACAAUGUUGACCUUGAAGUGGGGAGCUUAAUCCGCAUUCACCCUCCAUGGAAGGAAGUUCAAGUUGGAAAUGAUACUAUUAUCCUGUGUUCUUAUUUCUCCGAAGUUUGAUUCACGCGGAGAGCAGACCUUGAACAUGUAAUGUUCAUUCUUGUUUCUUACAAACCAAGGAAAGUCUUGCAAGCCUCCCUUUGUAGUGAAUAGAAUACCAAAUUGGGGAUAUUCCCACAAAAUAUAAUAAACAAGAACAGAAAAUUAGUGUACAUUCUUUCUUACUUUGACUUAUGAGUUAAGGUCACCUUUGAAUUAAUGUAAGGGAAAUUUUAGGAUUUUUUAUUUUUUUUGUCCCCUUCUCAACAAGUAUCUUAUUGUGACCGUUGUGUAAUAUAAAAAAUCAAUUUAGUAAUUUUUGUUGAGUUUUUCUGCUAUCGAUUGAUUAUUUUUAAUUCAAUUAUUAGCAUAACUAUAAUGGUCACAAUAGUGCCCAGAGAAACUU